UAUCAACAGAACCAUAGUAUAGUCAUUUCAUACUGAAUAUCAUUACUAACUGAUAUACUACUAAUGAUGAACCAUCCAUUCUUCCUUCCAUUUCCCAACUGCUGCUGUUCUCUUUUCCCAUCGCACAACAACAGGAAUCCGAAUUUCAAUAUAAACGUACGAGUCACACAUGUCAUAUUUAUUAUGUUUUUUCAUGGAUAGGAAAUUCGCAAAAAUAAGGCUUUCUCAAGGGACCUUGAAGUUGGUGAAAGAAAACGAUGAAAACUUUGAUUGUAUGAAAACCAAGUUCCAACUUGAACUUGUUCAGUAUGGUCUCUUUUCACCUGGCUUCUGGACUGUGGAAGACACUCUCUUUUUCUACUUUGAGCUAGUUUCAGGAAUUCUGACCAACGACACGCUGUUCAUUUUCUAUUACGAAAAUGAAGAACGUUUGUUUUCUACUCUUUUAGAAUUACUGGAGAGAGAAAGACUUACGUACGCUUGUAUAACCACCAACUCAGAGAAACAACAACUCAUCACUCUCACUAUUUUGAAGACAGUAUGUGAGGAAUACAAACAACAGUUUUCAGAGUUAUCUUCAAUAUCUGAAAGCACUGAAGAUAAACUGCUCAUAACAGACUUGUAUCAAAUGAGUAAGAAAUUGAGACAAAUGUCUGCACUCAAGCAAACUUUGGAAAGCUUCUUGUACUCACUUCAACAAGUUGCGUCCACUUGGACGGAAUUGAAACAAAUUCUAUCUAAAGAAUGCUGCCAUCUUUCACCGGAUAAGUUGUCUGCUCUUAUGACAACAGAUAUUUCAACAGUAGUUGCUGAUACCAUAGACUCUUUAGAAAGAGUUGAACAGAGCUUGAUACAAUUGGAAAAGAAAAGACAAAAGUAUUCAGAAGGUGUAAAACAAGAAUAUUUAUCUUUCUUGGCACCUUUUGUAUUUCAGCGCUUUCUCGUGUGUUUAUUCACUUGGAACGCUCUCUUGAUUGAAUGUUUUCAUUCCAAUUUCUUUGUAGUCGAAACUAUUCGAGGGUUUGUAACCCUUACAGUGGGUGCACCUUUUGUUGCUCUGGUUGCUACUCUAUCAUUUGCCUAUUAUUAUCGACACAAAAACUUAUCUCCAUUUGCUAAGGACGAUAUAACUUUGGAAUGAAUGAAGACUAUUUCCUAGUGGUACAUAGUCAUAUUGUAAUAAACAACAUCCAUGGAAG